UUUCUGCAUGUUAUUCGUUUUCAAAUCUCUGAAAAAAUGAAAACUCUUCUGAUAUUAUUUUGUUUCAUUGCAGUGAUCACGGCUCGAAAAAACCAUGGUGCUGGCAAAAAGAGAGAAGCUACUCCCACAUGUGAAAAUCCUCCAAAAACUACAAUACCUGAAUGUUGUGCUAAUUUUCCGAAACCUCUCAUUGGUGGUUUAAUGCAAACCCUUAAAAUCCCAACUAACAGCAAAUUUGAUGCAUCAAAAGCCAAAGAAGGUCUAACAUCGGUAUUGGGAGAAAACGAUGCUUGGAAUAAUGUUAUCAUUGACAAAAUCUUUAAAGAAUGUGCAGCAAGUGAUUCUAAAAACAUCAUGCAUAUAGUUAAUUGCAUCCAUCGUGAAUUGUUCUUCCAAUGCCCUGGAAUGUCCACUUCUGAUGAAUGUAAAGAACUGGUCAGCUUUGGAAAAGGAUGUCCUAAAUUUCCCUUCCAUGAGGCUCCUUUAUUCAGAAAGAUUCAGGAAUAACCAUAGAAAUAGCAAACACACUUUGAAGCAAAUAACACUGAAAUAAAUAUCAUUUCUUUAUUUAAUAAUAAAAUUUUACAAUAUUGCAACAUAAUCAACAAUAUUAAUAAAUAGCAAAGCAAAAA